UUCUUCCCUGACACAGAGCCAUCACGCUGGAGAACCAGCUGGUGAUCCUGGCAGCGACGGCCAGCGACGCAGGGGCUUACUACGUGCAGGCCGUCAACGAGAGGAACGGGGAGAACAAGACCAGCCCGCUCAUUCACCUGAGCAUAGCAGGAGAUGUUGGCACGCCUGAAGCCGUGGCCCCCGUCAUCGUGAUCCCCCCGAGCAACAGAAGCGUGGUGGCCGGGUCCAGUGAGACCACCUUGGAAUGCAUAGCCAAUGCCAGGCCCGUCGAGGAGCUGAGUGUGACCUGGAAGAGAAACGGGGUGAGAGUCACCCGUGGACUCCACAGCUUCGGGAGACGCCUCACCAUCAGCACCCCGACCUCCUCGGACAUCGGGGAGUACGCCUGCGAGGCAGCGCUGCCAGGGAGCGCUUUCGAGCCCGCCAGAGCCAGAGCCUUCCUUUCUAUCAUAGAGCCACCGUAUUUUACUGCGGAACCUGAGAGUCGGAUUUUAGUGGAAGUAGAAGAAACCGUGGACAUCGUGUGUGGAGCCAUGGGGGCCCCUCUUCCCACCCUCCGGUGGUUCAAGGACGCGGUCUCCAUCAACAAGCUCCAGAAUCCUCGAUACCAAGUGCUGUCAAGUGGAGGCCUGCGCAUCCAGAAGCUGCGUCCGGAGGACUCAGGAAUCUUCCAGUGCUUCGCCAGUAACGAGGGCGGGGAGGUCCAGACCUACACCUACCUGGACGUCACCAAUGUCGCCCCAGCCUUCACCCAGCUUCCGGCAGACACCACGGUUACUGACGGGACGACAGCCGUCCUGAGCUGUGAGGUGUCCGGGGCUCCCAGGCCGGCCAUCGCGUGGAGGAGAGGAAACCACAUUCUGGCCAGCGGCUCUGUGCGGAUUCCCAGGUUCACGCUCCUUGAGUCUGGGGGUCUGCAGAUCACCCCUGUCUUAAUCCAGGAUGCCGGCAACUACACCUGCUGUGCAGCCAACUCCGAGGGCUCCCUGAACGCGUCUGCCACGCUCACCGUGUGGAAUCGAACGUCCAUCGUGAACCCUCCGGAGGACCGCGUGGUGAUUAAGGGGACCACGGCCACGCUGCACUGUGGGACCACCCACGACCCCCGCACUUCUCUCCGCUACGUGUGGAAGAAGGACAACGUGAUCAUCACCCCAUCUGGCAGCUCCAGGGUUGUGGUGGAGAAGGACGGGUCCCUCCUCAUUAGCCAGACGUGGUCGGGCGACAUUGGAGACUACACCUGUGGAGUCAUCUCUGAGGGCGGGAACGACUCCAGGACAGCCCGCCUGGAGGUGAUUGAACUGCCUCAUUCACCCCAGAACCUCCUGGCCAGCCUGGAUUCUUCCCACAGCCAUACCGUGAUGCUCUCCUGGGUCCGACCCUUUGAUGGAAACAGCCCUGUUCUCUACUACAUUGUGGAGCUGUCUGAAAACAACUCUCCGUGGAAAGUGCAUCUGUCACACGUUGGCCCCGAGAUGACAGGCGUCACCGUGCGUGGCCUGACCCCAGCUCGUACCUAUCAAUUCAGGGUGUGCGCCGUGAACCAAGUGGGCAAGGGCCAGUACAGCGCAGAGACGAGCAGGUUGAUGCUCCCUGAAGAGCCACCCAGCGCUCCCCCGAAGAAUAUAGUGGCCAGUGGGCGCACCAAUCAGUCCAUCAUGGUCCAGUGGCAGCCGCCCCCGGAAACAGAGCACAAUGGGGUGCUGCGUGGGUACAUCCUCAGGUACCGCCUGGCUGGCCUGCCCGGAGAGUACCAGCAGAGGAACAUCACCAGCCCCGAGGUCAGCUACUGCCUGGUGACGGAGCUCAUCAUCUGGACGCAGUAUGAGAUACAGGUGGCCGCCUACAAUGGGGCUGGCCUGGGCGUCUUCAGCAGGGCGGUGACCGAGUACACCUUACAAGGAGUGCCGACCUCGCCCCCGCAGAACGUGCAGGUGGAAGCCGUGAACUCCACGACCAUCCAGUUCCUGUGGAACCCUCCACCCCAGCAGUUCAUCAACGGCAUCAACCAGGGCUACAAGCUUCUGGCGUGGCCAGCCGAUGUCCCCGAGGCCGUCACUGUCGUCACCAUUGCUCCAGAUUUCCAUGGAGUCCACCACGGGUACAUCACGAAUUUGAAGAAGUUUACUGCUUACUUCACAUCAGUUCUGUGUUUCACCACUCCGGGGGACGGGCCUCCAAGCGCGCCUCAGCUCAUACGGACACAUGAAGACAAACCCGGAGCUGUGGGACACCUGAGUUUCACGGAGAUCCUGGACACGUCUCUGAAGGUCAGCUGGCAGGAGCCCCUGGAGAAAAACGGCAUCGUUACAGGCUACCAGAUCUCCUGGGAGGUGUACGGGAAGAGCGACUCGCGGCUGGAGCUCACUCUCAACAGCUCGACGCACGAGUAUAAGAUCCAAGGGCUGUCCUCUCUCACCACCUACACCAUCGACGUGGCGGCCCUCACCGCCGUGGGCGCUGGCCUGGCCACCUCGUCCACUAUCUCUUCCGGGGUGCCCCCAGAACUCCCUGGUGCCCCAUCCAACCUGGUCAUUUCCAACAUCAGCCCUCGCUCAGCCACCCUGCAGUUCCGACCCGGCUAUGACGGGAAGACGUCCAUCUCCAGGUGGAUCGUGGAGGGACAGGUUGGAGCCGUCGGCGACGAGGAAGAGUGGGUUACCCUCUACGAGGAGGAGAAUGAACCUGACGCCCAGACGCUGCAGAUCCCGAACCUCACGCCCUACACUCAUUACAGGUUCCGAAUGAGGCAGGUGAACGUCGUCGGUGCCAGCCCCUUCAGUCAGUCCUCCCGGGUCAUCCAGACCCUGCAAGCCCCCCCGGACGUGGCCCCCACCAGCAUCACCGUCCGAACCGCAAGCGAGACCAGCCUGCGGCUCCGCUGGGUGCCGCUGCCCGACUCACAGUACAAUGGGAACCCCGAGUCCGUGGGCUACAGAGUUACGUGCUGGCGCUCCGACCUCCCGUCCACUGCGCUGGCCCAAGUCAUCAGCGACCGGCUGGAGAGGGAGCUCACAGUCGAGGGGCUGGAGGAAUGGACAGAGUACGAGCUGCAGAUGCAGGCCUUCAACGCCAUCGGGGCCGGGCCCUGGAGCGAGUCCGUGCGGGGCCGGACACGGGAGUCAGUUCCUUCAGCCGCCCCUGAAAACGUGUCAGCCGCGGCCGUCAGCUCCACCCAGAUUUUACUGACGUGGGCGUCGGUGCCCGAGCAGGACCAGAAUGGGCUCAUACUGGGCUACAAGAUCCUGUACCGCGCCAGAGAUCUGGAUCCUGAGCCCAGGAGCCACGUGGUCCGAGGGAACCACACGCAGUCCGCGCUCCUGGCGGGUCUGGGCAAGUUCGUGCUGUACGAGCUCCAGGUGCUGGCCUUCACCCGCAUCGGGAACGGGGUCCCCAGCUCGCCCCCCAUCCUGGAGCGGACCAAAGACGACGCCCCAGGCCCACCCGUGAGGCUUGUGUUCCCAGAGGUGAGACUCACGUCUGUGCGGACCGUGUGGCAGCCACCAGAGGAGCCCAACGGCGUUAUUCUGGGGUACCAGAUCGCCUACCGCCUGGCCAGCAGCAGCCCUAACACUUUCACCACCGUGGAGGUCGGCGCCACCGUGAGGCAGUUCACGGCCACUGAGCUGGCCCCGGAGUCCGCGUACGUCUUCCGGCUGUCGGCCAAGACCCGGCAGGGCUGGGGGGAGCCGCUGGAGGCCACCGUCAUCACCACCGAGAAGAGAGAGCGGCCGGCACCCCCCAGGGAGCUCCUGGUGCCCCAAGCGGAAGUGACCGCACACAGCCUGUGGCUCCAGUGGGUCCCGGGCAGCGAUGGGGCCUCCCCCAUCCGGUACUUCACGGUGCAGCUGCGCGAGCUGCCCCGGGGACAGUGGCAGACCUACUCCUCGUCCAUCAGCCACGAGGCCACAGCCUGUGCCGUUGAAAGGCUGAGGCCCUUCACCUCCUACAAGCUGCGCCUGAAGGCCACCAAUGACAUUGGGGACAGUGACUUCAGCGCGGAGACAGAGGCGGUAACCACGCUGCAGGACGUUCCGGGAGAGCCCCCGAGCUCUGUCUCUGUGACGCCGCACACUACCUCGUCUGUUCUGAUCCAGUGGCAGCCCCCGAGGGACGAGAGCCUGAACGGCCUCCUGCAGGGAUACAGGAUCUACUACCGGGAACUAGAGUACGAGGCGGCCUCGGCCACUGAGUCCAAGACGCUCAAGACCCCCUCCGCUCUGCGGGCCGAGCUCACAGCCCAGAGCAGCUUCCAGACCGUGAACAGCAGCUCCACGUUAACGACAUACGAGCUAAUACAGCUGAAGAAAUACCGGCGCUAUGAAGUGGUCAUGACAGCCUACAACGUCAUCGGCGAGAGCCCGGCCAGCGCGCCCGUGGAGGUCUUCGUCGGCGAGGCCGCCCCGGCCAUGGCUCCACAGCACGUGCAGGUGAGCCCACUCACGGCCAGCCAGCUGGAGGUCGCGUGGGACCCGCCGCCGCCCGAGAGCCAGAACGGAAACAUCCAGGGCUACAAGAUCUACUACUGGGAGGCGGACAGCCAGAACGAAACGGAGAAGAUGAGGGUGCUGUUCCUGCCCGAGACCACGGUGAAGCUGAAGAACCUCACCAGCCACACCAAGUACCUGGUCAGCAUCUCGGCCUUCAACGCUGCUGGAGACGGGCCCAGGAGUGACCCCCGGCAGGGCCGGACCCACCAGGCCGCUCCCGGGACCCCCAGCUUUCUGGCAUUCUCGGAAGUAACCUCCACCACGCUGAAUGUUUCGUGGGGGGAGCCCACGGCAGCCAAUGGCGUCCUGCAGGGCUACCGAGUGGUGUACGAGCCCUUAGCACCUGUCCAAGGGGUGAGCAAGGUGGUGACGGUGGACGUGAAGGGGAACUGGCAGCGCUGGCUGAAGGUGCGCGACCUCACCAAGGGGGUGACCUACUUCUUCCGAGUGCAAGCACGGACCAUCGCCUACGGGCCCGAGCUGCGGGCCAGCGUCACGGCCGGGCCGGCCGAGGGUUCCCCGGGCUCCCCUCGAGACGUCUCGGUCACCAGAUCCGCCUCUGAGCUCACCCUGCAGUGGACGGAGGGCCGCGCGGGCAGGACGCCCACCACGGGCUACGUCAUCGAGGCCAGGCCCUCAGAUGAAGGCCUGUGGGACAUGUUUGUGAAGGACAUUCCGCGGGGCGCCACAUCCUACACCGCCAGCCUGGACAAGCUCAGGCAAGGAGUGACCUACGAGUUCCGGGUGAUGGCUGUGAACCAGGUGGGCUACGGGGAGCCCAGCAGCCCCCCUGCUGCCGUGUCAGCUCAGGUGGAGGCCCCGUUCUACGAGCAGUGGUGGUUCCUCCUGGUGAUGGCGCUGUCCAGCCUGCUCGGCAUCCUGCUGGUGGCGUUCACCCUGGUCCUGCACGGCCAGAACAAGAAGUACGGGAGCUGCGGCCCAGGUAAGAGCAUCUCCAACGUGGAGGAGUCCGUGACCCUGGACAACGGGGGAUUUGCCACCUUGGAGCUCAGCAGCCGUCACCUCAACGUGAAGAACACCUUCUCGAAGAAGAACGGGACGAGGUCCCCGCCUCGGCCCAGCCCCGGCGGGCUACACUACUCAGAUGAGGAUAUCUGCAACAAGUACAACGGUGCCGCGCUGACCGAGGGCGGGACCCUCCAGGAGAAGUCAGGGGACGCCACGGAGUCUGAGGGCACCGAGUCCGAGUCCGAGGACGCGCUCCCCCAGCACUCCUUUGUCAACCACUACCUGAGCGACCCCACCUACUACAACUCUUGGAAGCGGCGCGCGGGCGCGGCCCCGCACAGGUACGAGGCGGUGGCGGGGGCCGAGGCCGGGCCGGCCCCGCGCGCGGUGGUCACCACGCAGAGCGCCGUGUUCACGCCCGCCGCCCACGGCGCCCGGACUCCGCUCACCGGCUUCUCGUCCUUCGUGUGAGCGGCGCCGACCCCGCGGCGACCCUUGUUAAGACAGUCAGCCCCGGGAACUGGGCUCCAGCUUGGGUUUAAGAGGACCUGACGCCUGGUGAUUGAUUUUACCCACUUGCGAACGCGAGAUUGCAAUUAGGAAAGUUUUUUUUUUACUGGCUUUUUGUAACAUCGCUGCAGGAAGCGGGUUUCUUUGUUUUUCUUUUCUUUUUACGAGAAGGUGUGUUUCACUGGUGCAAGGGCUCAUCACCCCGACCUGGGAAGACCUGAGCCCUCGGGUCCCGGGCUUCUCCAUUCUGCGCCGACUAGGAAGGCUGGGGGGUGGCGAGAGACGGGGGUCCAGGGAGGCCACGCCUCUUGCAGGCCACUCCCUUCUCUUCUCUAACCCCUGCCUGAGAACCAGCGCCCGCCUGGGGCUCCAUCCCACCGUCUCCGUCUCCAGCGUGCGAAGAGCAUGUGUGUGACCCAGGCUCAGGGCCUCCAGACCCAAGGGCGUCCAUCUCUGAAAUGUCCUCACUCGGCAGUUUGUAGGCGAGGAAUCGGCUUUAAGGUUCCAGGCUGCGGGGCCACAGAUUCCAAGGUUCCGUUCGGUGUCCUUCCAGGGGUGAAAUAUUCGGGGCUCCCCCUUCCUUUCUCCCUUUCGACCUCGCAGCACAGGAGCAGGAAGCACCCCUGCUCCCAGCAGCGCCGUGGCCCUCGGCAAGCUCGCUCCUUCCCUGACAGCACAGCAGCGCCGUGGCCCUCGGCAAGCCCGCCAACCCGAGCGAACGAGGCAGCGGCUGCAGAAUCGCUCGCUGUGUUAAGAGGUGUGCAUUGUUAACCAGAGUAUUUUUUAAAUCUUUUUAUCUUUUUUUAAAAUAUGUCACAUGAAAUGAAUGAGUCUCAGCUGUCUCCAGGUGCCUUUUUAUUAAUUGUUUAGCUUUGUACAUGGGAAAGACGAAGAGCGACAGUGUCUCCAAGUAUAGCAAAACGG